GGAAAAGCAAACUUCCUCUUUCAUCAGGAGGCGUGUUCCUCCACCCUUCCUGAGUAUAAGUUACAGACCGCUUGGUAACCUCUGCAUAACAGCAAGAGGUAAAACGAGGAAAUGGUUGUGCUCGAACUUAAGAGUCAGGGUGAUUUCACCACCAAGCUUCAGGAGGGUGGCGACAAGUUAGUUGUCGUUGAUUUCUUCGCGACUUGGUGUCAACCUUGUAAAAUGAUUAAACCAAAAUUUGCUGAAUUUUCUGAAAAAUAUACAGAUAUGAUUUUCUGUUCAAUCGAUGUGGAUGAAGUUGAAGAGGCAGCUCAGUCUAAAGACGUAACAUCUUUGCCAACAUUCAUCAUUUUUAAGUGUGGAAAAGAGGUAAAAAGGAUAGUAGGAUCGAACGUGACUGGCCUGGAGUCUGCAAUAAAGGAAGUCAGAGAGAUGUAACAUGGGGCACAUGUUCAGUGCCAACGCCCUAUGCAAUGAGUUUGUACAUCCUCCCCGUGGAAUAUGUGGGUUUUCUCCGGCUACUGCAGUUCAAAGGUGUAAUGCUUAGUAGGUUAAUAAUUCCAGUGAUCCUUUGCUGAUGCCCUGUUCCUUCAGCAACUGUCCCUUCAGCAACUGUCCCUUUUAUGAAAGGUAUUGGAGCAAAAUGGAAGAAAUUAAUUGACAUUGAUGUAUUCCAGGAUGUAAAAUAAUAAAAAUGGUGCUCCAUGAUGGCAUUUCCUAGGUAUUGUGAACAAUGAUAUUGAAUAUUGUAUAAUUAAAUCCCUGAUUGUUUGAUUUU